AUGACUGGAGAGGCCCAGCAUGUUUACACCAUCGGCGACGCUGAGGCCGGCCCCAAAGAGCCCGACAAGGAUUCUGGCCGUGAAGGCAGCGGGGAUAAGGAUGGGAGGGCGCUGGGCGGGGAGGGGACACCCCCCUUCGCUAAGGACAAGGAGCAGCACAGCCAGCGGGAAGCCGUGAUCCGGCCGCAGCAAGCGGGGAAGAUCGACUUCAAAUCGCUGCCCAAGCCCAAGCUCGGCAAUGACAGCGCCUGGGGAGAGGUCAAGGGCAGCGCGCUGUCCCCGCCGGGCAAGGGGCGAGCCCGGGAGCGCGGCCGGCGCUCGGGGAAGGGCGAGCGGGGCCAGCAGCAGCUCUACCGGCUCAGCAUCGCCGGCACCCGGCCCAGCCCCACCAUCGGCAUCGCCUACCCCCAGCAGAAGGUGACACCCCCCAAGAAAGCCGAGGUGGCCCCCGCGGCCAGCGGCUACGGCUUCCCCGUGGCCGGCAUCGCCCAGCGCGACGCCGAGCUGCGGCAGCAAGAGCUCAGCAGCUUCGGCCGCUGCUCCAGCGGUUUUACCUCACAGCCCGGGCCCCCCCUCGGCCCCAAGGGGCAGCCCCCCGCCGCCGGCAUCCCCCUCAAGAGCCCCGGCACCCAUGGGCAGCUACAUUAUUUGGAGUUCCAGGCAAACCGGGCCGAGCCCUGGCCUUCCCCGGAGAAGAGCUUCGCAGGUGCUACCUACGGGAUCUCGGUGCAGAAGCCAGGCUCUUUCUCCGAGGGCGGCAAAGGGGCUGUGCACGGCCUGGGGGCUCUGCCGUGCCAGCUGCCCUUCCAGCUGGGCAAGGAGCCGUUCCGCAGCAGCGCGGGCGGCCAGGACUUCCUGGAUGUGGGAAUGGCCACCAGCGCCCAGCUGGCUCCUGCUGCCUUCUCCUUCCACUCGUCCCCUCAAAAGUGGCCGGAGGAGCUGAGUGGGGGCUCCUACGAGAGUUUGUCCCCCGAGGGGAGGCUGUACGGGCUGCCCGCCCCCCCGGCGCCCUUCCUGCGCCCGCCGCCGCCAGCCCUGCACCACGGCCCCUUGUCCUGCUGCAAGGGCGGGGCCGAGCAUCCCGCCGACCCCUCCGGUGCUGUCCCGUCGUCUGGUGCUAUGGACCAAAACACAAGCACUUUCCAAGAGAACCAAGCUGUUUUCCCGUCUAGUUUACACUCGCCUCCCGUGCCGCAGCCGGUGGGGAAGAGGCCAGGCUCGGCCAAGGACGGUGUGCCCAGCGCUCGGCUGCUGGCGCAGAGCAGCCCCCUGAGGAGGACGGUGCCACCGAGCUCCCUGUCCCAAGUGCACUUUCAGAGCAAGGCCUGUUGCAGCUCCCCCGCGGGAGCCGUGCCCUUCGAGACGAGCGUUCCCACUGCGGCACCCACCCACCCCAGGCUUGUGCAAGCUUGGGAAGGUGCCACGAAGGCGUUUUCUCCCAUGGACCAGAAUUCAGCACCUUAUUCAAACCCUGUUGGAAACCAGUUCUCAUUCGAGUGCCAGUCUGGCCCCGAGCAGAGGCAGCACAGGCAGAAAAAUGCCAGGCUGCCUUGGCAGCAGAUGCACCUCCCUUCUGCAAUGCCCGCUGCCAACAGGCUGGAGCUGUCGAGACACAUCAGCAGCCAGAAGCUCCCCUUCCCCCCGGGCACGUCGGACUGGCAGGGCACUGGGAAAGCCCAGAAAGGGUCCCCCAUGAGCAAUUCUCCAGGGUACCACAGCAAAAAGCUGUUAUCGGGAGAGAGCCUCCAGAGGGGAGAUCCCAGCGUGACGGGAGCUUUCUCCUUUGACAGUGGGAAGGAGCCAGGGUCUCCCGCCUGCGACUCGAGAGGCAAAGCCCUGUUCUACAGUAUGGCUCAAGCAGCUCCUCCUGCCUCAAGGAGCUCGUCAGGCUCAGGGCUGGUCCUGCCACCGUCAGCUUUGGUGGCUGCCUCCCCUUGCGAGUCCCCUCUGCCGUCCCCUGUCCCCAACCCCACGUGUGGCAGCACCUGCUCGUCGCUGUCCCCCCUGUCCAGCAGCCCCCUCAACCCCGCCUUCGAGGACAGCCAGAUGUCCGGAGCGCUGACCCCCUCGCCCUUCUUCCAGCACCCCUGCCACGCCAAGGAUGCCAGCAAAGCCUUCCACCCCUCCGAGGUUCUGAGUCCCAGCUCGCUUCAUUACCACCCCCCAGACUCUGUCAAGUCCUUCAGCUUCCCCGCGGAUGCUCUGAAAGACGACAGCCUGCUGAAGUGUGCCCCUGCCAGCCCGUUCCACAAACCCGGCGGGGACGUGGCCGAAGGAUGCUCAGAGGGGCCGGACGGGGAGCAGCCUCCACCCCCCUACUCCUCCCACCACCUGCUGGCCACCUCCCUGAGCAGCGCCAGCCUGGACCAGCUGGACGUGCUGCUGACCUGCAGGCAGUGUGACCAGAACUACAGCAACCUGUCCUCCUUCCUGCAGCACCGCCAGUUCUGCGCCUCCCACCCCGCAGAGCCCAGGGACGCUCCCCGCGCGGCCGAGGGGCGCAAAGCGCUGCCCCCAGAGCCCCCCAAACCGCCCAGCCUGGCGCUCUCUCCCGACCCCCAGGGACUGUUGGUGUUGAACAAGAGUGAUGACUUCUUGCUGGACGGGGAAGGCAAGAGUGAAGGCAAGGAGGAUGCUCUGAAGGGCGGCCUCUUCCACGGCCUGGCCGGCAGCUCCCUCCCGCUCAGCGCCUCCGACCUGGACAUGGACGAUGCCAAGCUGGACAGCCUGAUCACCGAGGCCCUCAACGGCCUGGGGUACCAGUCGGACACCCCCGAGAUCGACAGCAGCUUCAUCGACGUGUUCGCUGACGAGGAGCUGCCGGGCGUGAAGGCGGCGGGCGGGGGCAUGGCGCACAAGGAGAGCAAAUGCAAGCAGGCAGCGGAGGAGAGGGCAGCGGGAGAGGCCACGGCCCUUUGUGAAGACGGGGAGCAGGAGAAGAGAGGGGCAGGAAAGCAGCACCUUCACAAGGGGAGGGUGGCACGGAGGGUGGCACCGCGGGAUCCCGCGGCAGAAGGGGCAGAGAGGACGGCCAGGCCGAGGGCAGGCAGGAAGAGCAGCAUCCCGCCAGCCACCCCCUGCAGCCAAAAACAUCCCAGGAAACUCAGCCCGAUGCAGGGCGAGGUGGGGCCAGGCAGUGCCACCAAGAGCCCCAAGCCGCCGCGCUUCUCCAUGAAGGACGUGAAGAAGCGGAAGCCCCGGAGCGGGACGUGGAGCAAGGAGCUCAUCCACAAGAUCGUGCAGCAGAAGAACAAGCUGCACAAACUGCAGGUGAAGAGCAGCAGGCAGGCCCAGCUCCCCCAGGCCACCGAGAGGCCGCUGGCAGCCAGCACGGAGGGCGGGCUGCGGGAAUACGACUACGUGUCCGACUCGGAGGAGGAGGGGGCAGAGCGCAGCAAGCCCCGGGGCAGGAGGAAGCGUGGCACGGGAUUCAUGGGGAGGAGCAAGUACAGCUUCAGCAAGAAGCGCCUGGGAAGGAGUGAGAGAGCCAGAGAGAAAGACCCAGCCUGGAGCUACAGCCAGGAGAGGGAGGAGGGGGAUGUCCCGAGUCGGGAGGAUGCUGAGAAAGAGGAUUGUGCUGCCAGAGCCCGAAGGUGGAGCAGCCACUCAUCUGCUGGCAGCAACCACAGCGUGCCCAGAGAGAUGGGCACGAGCCCAGCCAAGGGUGGCACCCAGAGGAGGAGGCGCUCGGGCAGCCCAGCCCGUGUGCCAAGGACUCCCCCCAGCCCUCGCCAGGACAGCAGCCCAAAGACGAGCCCGGAGAGCACAGAGGACACUCCCAGGGGGAGCAGGAGGUUUGACUCAGCCAAAGCUUUGCUGGCAGGCUCCAGGCCGAGUACAGAACCAGAUGUUGCUGCCAUGGACUGUGCCAAGGAGGAGCCGUCACCACAGCCCCAGGAAAGGCAAAUGCCCAGCACGGCCACCCCAGGCAGGAGCCCUGCCAGCUUCUCCUCUAAGGAGGGGGUGGAAGAGCCCAGAGGAGCAGCAAAGCUCCCAGAUGAACCCACCCUGCAGGCUCAGGGCUCUGCUGAGCUCACCAUGGACCACCAGAGGCACCAGUUCAACCCUUUCCCAAGCGAAGGGCUGAAGUACCAGACAGAGGAGGUGAUUGCUCCAGCCCACAGCGGUCACAAAUCCAGUCCUGGCCGUGGGAAUGCCACCAGCUCAGAAGCAGAAAUCACAGAAAUCAAGUACACAAAGGGACAGGGGCUGUGUGACAGCCAGAAGGAUUAUCCCACACCAGCUCCCACCUUCGGGGGGGAUGCAGUGGGAAUGAUGCUCGCUGCCAAGGCCCCUGACCCAUAUGUCAGCAGCGACAACACAUUUUUUGACCCCAAAGGCCUUCCAGGUCACUACAACGAUGACAACCUGUUCCCAAAGCCGCCAGCCCUGGGCUCGUCCCACAUGGACGCCGUGUACCUGUGCCGGGACGACAUCAGCUCCUUCCAGCAGAAACACGCCAGCAUCUCCCCUUUUGCCACGGAAAUGCCGCAGGGCAAAGCGUCCUCCCCUCUCAGCUUUGACUCCUCGUCCAUUUUCGGGGAGCUGCCCGUGUCCGAGUUCGAUCCCUACGAGAGCAAGGACGGGUACGUGGCAGCGUUCCCCUGCCCCGCCAGCGCCGCCCGCAAGGCGCUGCCCUUCGAGCAGCCCUACCCGCCCUUCCUGCCCGAGAAAGACUGGUCCCUGAUGGAGGAGCUGCCAGAAGACAUGGCUCAGUUCCACAGCCUCUCCGUGGAGAAGCCGCCAGCCAAGAAAUUCCCCGAGGAAGGAGCCGUGCCCAGCUCCCAGCUGCCGCUGCCGCUGCCUGACAGGAUGGCCGAUUACGGCGUGGCUUUCAUGAGCAGCAUCUCAGACGACGAGCUGGAGAUCAAGCGCUUGGUCACGGAGCUGGAGAGCCAACUGCAAACCAAGCUGGACCCCGAGGCGCCCCUCAGCCUGCAGAAACACGAGCCAGACGUGGCCGUGCGGCCGCGAGCGCAGGGCGCCGAGCGCUUCCCAGCGCUGCCGGCGCAGCCAGAGGCAGCCCAGGAGAAAGGGCUGUUCCUGGCAGGUGAGCUGGGCAGAGAGAGCCUGUGUGCUGGGGAGAGGCUGGCAGGGGACAAGGCGGACGUGGUGACCACCCCUGAGGACUACGAGAGACCCAGGGAGCCCUGGCUGGAGCUGGGCUCGCUGGAAACGGGGAUGUGCGUCCCAGCCCCGCUGGCCACAAACCAUUUCUGCUCCAAAGAGAACAGUGGAACUGCAGCCUCUGAGGAAAGAGACCUCAGGAAGAUGGAAAAUGGGUCUUCUUCCAAAAGUCUGCCUGGCUCAAGCACAACUGAGCAAACAGAGGCUCCCAUCUACAGCGACCCUGUGACAAAAAGCCCCCCUGUUGUCACCAACUCCGUGUUCCCUGAGACCUUGGAUGCAGCAGAAGCAACCAAAGACCCCCUGCCAUCCCUGCCACGCCAUUGUGGUGCCAAGGACUUCCCUGUGCUGGGGAAAGCAGACACUGAUCUUGCACAGCUGGAGAAGUUCGAUGCCAAUCUUUCCAACCCUAAGCCUCAAUUCGGUUUCCAGCAGGGUCCCACCCCAGCCUUGGAUCUCGCCUUUUCACCUCACGUCAAAGAGGUCCCAGAUACAGAAGAAAAACCCUUAAGCAGGACUGAGCCCCCCAAAACAGUGAAAAAUGCUGUGGAUCUGCAGGGGAGUGGUGCUGGGCCUGUGCUGGUGGAGGAAACGGAGGCGAGGAAGAGUCCCGACACCUGCGAACGCCCUGGGUGCAGUGACAAAGCCAGCAAGCCCAAAGUGCUGCUGUUUGAGAUGCUGAGCGUGCCCAAGGAGAGCGGCCACCCCUCCCAGGAGGUGCUGGUGGCACCCCAGGAGUCCUCUGCCAACCCUCUGCAGCAGCUGCAGCUCUUCGUUGCCCGCACGGUGAAGAGCAACGAGGAGGAGCUGUUGAUGCCGUGCUUCCCCGGGCUGCUGGCCCCCAGCCACGGCCAGGCGGAGCACAGGGAGCAGAGCAGUGCCUUGGAAGGGGGAGACCAGCCCCAAGAGGAAGGGGAGACUGGGAAUAUCGCUGCUGCAGGGAAAGAGGGGCUUUCUCCCAGUGGAUGCGAGCAGCUGGAGUCGUUGGAUGCAGAGGGUUCUCACCGUGCAAAACAAUCCGCACCGGCAAAGCCGGAGCUGCAAAAUAAUGUAACAGAGCUGCAGCACUUAGCAAAUGAAGCCCCGGAGCCGAGGGACAUCGAUAUCCCUGCAGAUGGUGUUUCCCAGGAGCGCAAUGACCUCUCACCACCCAGCAGCACCGCGCUGACCUCGCCGCCAGGGCAGGCGGGGAAAGCUGAUCAGCUCAGGGAAGAGCAGGAGGGAGAUAACGGCACCGCGACCUUGGCAUUUAGGAAACAUGAGCAAUCCCGCCCCAGCCGUGGUUUGAUGGAGGAGGAAGCGCUGGGCAGAGAGGAGGGAGAGAGGCUGGAGAGGAGUGGGGUGGGGAAGGGGGCACAGUGCCUGGGCAGUGCUCCCACGAGUCCUGUCAGCCCCCUGGGUCCCUCUGAGGGGGAUCUCCACCAGGAUCACAGCUUGGGGAUGGAGAUGAAAGCCAGCACAGUCAGUGUGGAUGCUCCCAGAGAAGGGAAUGGCAAACUGUCCCUCAAUGGCUGUCACUACCAGGGCGAAUCUCCAGCCAGCCUGCUCUUGCCAGCCAAAUAUUCCGACCUCAAAUGCUUGCAGGGCAGUGGGGACGAGAGGGGAGAGGCCCCCAGCUUGGGCACUCAGCUCUCGGGUGAGAAGAAACGCGGCUCCUCCCUGCCUGCAGCACCGAGUUCAUUUGUCACAAAGAGCUGUUCUCCCGAGGCCAGCAGCCAUCACACCCACCACACCAUGAGCCCAGCAGAGCAGGGGAGGUGGGAAAGGGCUCCCACCGUCCCUCCCUCGCUGCAUCACCGCGGGGCUGUGCCCAUGGAAGCGGCUGAGGAACAUCCUCAUCCCCUCCCUGAUGGAGUUUUGGGUAGCUACGAACCCCCUGGAAGAGAGGGGACAGUGAGACCCUGCACUCUGCUGCAUGGUGAGGGUCUGGUGGGCUCUGCCUUGGGCAUGGGUGGUCCCCAGGAAGCUCCUGGGAAGGACAGUUCUCUGCCCUGCUCACCACCUUGCCACCAAAAGGCUGUUGGGAAAGAGGUGCCCGAAAACACCGGUGCUGUGCUGCCAAAUUUUAAAGAAAAGCAAGGAUGUGCCACCACAGACACAGUCGUUAACUCCACCCUUCCAGAAACCCAGGAUUAUCCAACCCAGCCCACAGCAGAUCUUCUGCCCAUGGAAGAAAGGGAGGUCAACCUGAACCAAGAGAACAAGCUUGGAAACUGCUCCCAUGUCAGGAAUAAGCAUCAGAGUGAGCCAGAGGCUUUGUCCAAUGGAUUUGCUGUUCAGGACAUGUCAGCUGCCAUCAGCAGAGGUCUUACAAGGGCUGGAGACCUUGAUCCUGCUGAAUUAAACGGCCACGAGUUUUCAGGGGCAGCAGAGGUGACACUUGGUGCUUCCAAAACCACAGAGAGUGAAGGAAAGAGUUUGAAAGGGGAGAAAUCCAAAAGCCACGGGACUGCAGGAGCUGGGGGUUGUGUGCUAACCAGCGUGGGCCAGGGAGAGGACUACACACCCAGCAGAACUCCAGACCCAUCCCCAAACGAACUCCACAAAGCAAAGAAGCCCAGUGGGCUCCCGGUGACCUGUGACAUUUGCUCGGCCACUUUCCGGUCCAAGCCCGGCCUGACCAGGCACAAAGCUGUCAAGCACCAGGUGAAGAAUGGUGGUUUGCCACAGCCCAGCAAGACUCCCAGGUCCCCUCUGGCUCCUGCACACGAGACAGCAAAAGCAGCCCAAAAGGUGCCCAGGAGGAGCCUGAAGGCGCCAGUCAAAGACAAAACCCGCAGCUCACAGGUGCCGACCUCCAGCGCUGAACACAUUCCCAAAACGCUCCCAGAGCUGGAGAAAGAGCCCAGCUCACAGAUGCAGGAGGUGGUGAGCAGAGUGCUCAGCGACCUCAGCGUGAUCUCCUUGGAGGUGUCCCAGGAGCUGCAGCGCACACGGGUCCUGCAGAGGGCGAGGGGGAUGAGGGGGUCCGGAGAGGCAGCGACCGGCAAGCUGGAUUUGGGAUGGCAGGGCAGGAAAGGAGAAAAGGGCAGAAGGAGCCACAGCAAAGGUCUUGGAGAGGAGAACAGCAGCUCUGAGAAGCAGCUCAACAGGAAAGUCAGGCGAAGGAAGGCGAAGGUGUUUCCCAGGAGGAAUGAGCUGGAGAAGAACACGGGUCCUGCUGCCCUCGGCUCCAGCCUGCCCAGGAUCCUGGAGGGCUUGCACGAGCCAGAUGGCUGCAUCCCCACGGAGCAGCGAAACAGCACCAGCACAGCCCAGCUCUCCCAAAAAAACAAAGAGUCCUCUUGUGCAGAAGACCUGGGCAGCAGGACGGGGUCUCUAAAGGAGAUGGGGAGCAAGGAGACAGCCACGGGCACGGCCACGUGUGCUGGGGAGGUGGAGGAUCUGGGUGCAGGGGAGGGCACACAGGCUGGCAAGAAAUGGAUUAACAGGUUUGUGAAGCAAGUGGCAAAGGGAUGGGGCAAGGUGGGCACAGAGCAGCAUCGCGGUGCUGAUGGCACAGAGGAUGUGAAUGCUGGGACAGGAGACAGUCCUGCGGCAGGCAGUGACAGCAGGAACUGGAGCAGCGCCCUGCAGCGUCCCACAGCUCCUGCCGAAGGGGCUCUGCUGCUGGAGAACCACGAUUUGGGAACCUCCCAGAAUGGUUCUGGGCGUGGUGCUCCGCAGACCCCGGCGAGCGCCAGCCCUCCUCCCGCAGAGCCGCAGCCGUGGGGGACGGCAGAGGCGGCUCCAGGCAGGGAGCACGGUGAAAGCACGGCCGGCUCAGAGCUCCAGGGCUUUUUUGACGACGACUCCACGUUCUCCCAGCUGUUCCCCAGGGACGAGCAGGGCGCCCGCAGGAAGUGCAGGCGGGUGUACGGCAAGCGCAGCAAGAAACCCAAACCUGCCCCCGAGGGCAGCCUGCAGCCAGCGGGGGCCAUCGACCUCCUCACCAUCCGCCUGGCCUCCGACCUCAGCGACACCGGCUCCCCCUGUGUCACCAGCGAGGAGCCUUGCGACUACCAGACCAUCUCCGUGGACGACGCCCUGAUGCUGAACAUGUGUCACGGCAGCAAGGCAAGGAGCGGAGAUGCUGCUCCCGACGGAUCUAACAGCAUCGAGCUGAGGCUGGACCAGGAGGUGACCGACCAGGGGAAGGAGGACAUUGACCUGGAGGACAACAUGCUGACAUUCCUGUGCCAAAACAGCCACGCGGACAACGUGCCCGGCCUGAACAUCUGGGGCAGUCUGGAGAAGGAGGGGGAAAGCCUCUCUGCCGAGGACAUGUUUGAGCCUCUGAUGGACCUUGAGGAUGAGCACUCGCUCCAAAAAGCGAGCUCUGAACCCCCCGACCUGGCAGAGGAGUCCUGCAGUGCCAAGGAUAACGGGGACUCGGACUCGCCCGAAUUCCACACCAUCGACAUCGAGAUGCUGAAUGCAAAGCUGAAAAUGAGAGACGUGUGCUUCUUCAGCCCUCGCGAGGAUCUGCCUGGCCACGGCGAGCAGAGUUUGAAGCCAAAGCCGGGCAAGCACAGGAGCAAGCUGGAAGACGGGAAACUGGGGAAAAGCCGCGGGGAGAUAACGAUCAAAACCAAAGACAAGCAGUACAAAUGCAAAGUGUGCUUCCAGUGGUUCCUGACCCUGGGCGAGCUGGACUUCCACAAGCUCUCCCACAACCCCUGCCCUCCUCCCACCUGCUACAUGUGCGUCCAGCGCAAGUUCAGCUCGCGGGAGCAGCUGCGGGACCACCUGCGGGAGAAGCACGGGCGGAACAAGGCGGGGCUGUGGGCGUGCGGGAUGUGCCUGAAGGAGAUCUCGGACGUGUGGAUGUACAACGAGCACCUGCGCGAGCACGCCACGCAGUUCGCUCGCAAGGGCCAGGCGCAGAAGUCGGUGAUGGGGCUGCCCGGCUGCUUCGGCGAGGACAGCGCUGCCGUCACCCGCUUCCUCAACACCAUCAUGUGUCGGAAACGCGGCAGGUCCUCCCGGCACGGUGACCCCAGUGGGCGGAACGGGGUCAGCGCGGAGAGCAAGAGCCCCAGGGAGGUGCCCCCUGAGGAGAAGGUGAUGAGAGACCCCGCGGAAAGCAACGCCAAAGUGAAGCCACCUGCGGCCAGCUCCUCCAAAGCAUCCUCCAGCCCGUCUCCAGAGCGCACAGCAAGAGGUGAAAACGCCCCAAAAUCUGUCCCCAUGCACCCAGACUGCAAGGAUCCCUCCCGGGACUGCCAUCACUGCGGCAAACAGUUCCCCAAACCCUUCAAGCUCCAGCGGCACCUGGUCGUGCACAGCUUGCAGAAGAUUUACCUGUGCCACAAGUGCCCCAUGUUCUACCAGGAGACCAAGGAGCUGCGGAGCCACCUGAGCCAGGAGCACGGCGUGCUGGAGGAGCAGGAGAUCAAGCACACCACGCUGUACGCCUGCGAGCUCUGCGCCGACGUCAUGCACGUCAUCAAGAAAUCCUUCAUCUGCAGCAUGUGCAACUACACCUUCUCCAAGAAGGAGCAGUACGACCGGCACAUGGAGAAGCACCUGGCGGGCAGCAGCAAGACUUUCAAAUUCCGAGGGGUCAUGAGGCCUGGAGCCGCCUGCAGGGAGGGCAGGGAGAAGGUGAAGGAGGACGGGUCUCUCCGGGAGGGAAUGCCACCCAGCAAGAAGAGGAGGGUGGCUCACCACGGCAGCUCGAUCCCACGCAGGUCACCGCUCCAGCUGCACCCCACAAUCGACCUUCAGGUGGUAGAAGCUGGAAGCCCCAGCCUGGAGGUUCCCACUGACUCCUUCCCAACAGCACCUGGUGAGCUGGGAGAGCCCCAACCCUCCGGGAAAGCAGAAGUCCUGGUGGGUGACUUCUCGGAGCUCCUGGCUGAGAUGGAGAAGUCCCCAUUUGAUCCCCUGCCACCACCGCCCUGCCUGUCCCCACCUCUGCCACCGGCUGCUGCGGGCAGCCCCGAGCUCGGCCACAUCGCUGGGCUGUCCAUGGAGGAGCUGGAGAAAGGAGCCUUCGAUGGGAAACCACUUCCUUUCUUGGACUCGCCCGAGUUUGCCAUGGAGCUCGCUGGCUUGGCUUGUCACCAGGCCACCAACCAAAAACUGUCCCCUCCCCUCCUGACCCAGAAACGUGGCUGUGCCGAUGCCCAUAAAAAAACAAGCACAGGCAGCAAGGAUGAGUACAGGGCCUGUGUCCUGGAGAAUCCCGACGCCGUGGAUGAGAUCCCUUUCCUCCAGCUUGCCAAGAAGGUCUCAGAGCUUCCAUCCCCUAAAGCAGAGUCCCCACAAGCCACAGAGACCCACAAAUGGGGCAGCCCCAGCGCCAGUGGUGCCUCUGCCUGGGAAGGUGCAGCUGAGCCCACACCUCCAGAAGGUGCCCACCAUCCCCUGCCCCCAAGGGACAAGAGAGCAUCACCCACCCCCAGCAGAGCUGCCAAAGACCCAGCGCCGCCAAAGAGGGGCAGUGAGGCUGCUCCCGGUGCGGGCAGCACCGAGGAGGGUCAGCAGCCCGUCUCAGGGAAGGAGAAAUCCGUGCCUGAGCCCAAGGACAGUAGCACUAACGCCAGGGACCAAGGCGGCAACCCAGGCAGGUCCGGCGGCCACCAGCCCAGGGGCGAGGUGGGCAGCGGCACCGCGAGGCACGGCCGUGCAGAGCCGGGCAGAGCCUCCGGCAAGCUUCACCCCAAGAGGAGGAAAGAGCACAAAUCCCUGAGCCACAGGGGCAGCUCUGGCUCCCGGGAGAACAUGGAGGGAGACGGGAAGAAGAAGAAAACCCGGCCACCGUGCCCGGCGAGGAGCGAGAGCGCGGCUGAGCUGAAACGCGGCGGCUGGAGCGGCGCCCAGGGUCCCGCCCUGUCCCCUGGCAGGAGGGACACGCUCUGCAGCAAGCUGGGAGCCAAGCCCAGAGCCGGCCCCCAGCUGAAGAAGAUGGUCCUGGACCCUUACCAGAGGAAAGGGGAGCUGCGCCACGCCAACGGGGACGUGAAGCGCAGGAAGGCCAUCCUGGGCAAGAGCCUCCAGCAGGUGCUGGCCAAGGGGCCGCUGCCCGCCCCGCGAGGCUCCUGGCACGGCCCCCGUGGCACCAAGGCGGCCAAGGCGGCCAGCCCGGCCAGCUACCGCAGCGCCGAGUCCCAGAACAACCUGCUCAGCCAACUCUUCGGGCAGAAGUUAACCAGCUUUAAAAUUCCUUUAAGAAGAGAUACUUCAGAGUAAUUUAUGGAAGUGACUUAUGGUGAUCCUCAGCUGCUUUCAUGGGGUUUGCAAGGGAAAAAUUAUCAAAGCAUUAAAUUCGUUUGUGUAGCAUGAUUUCUCUGUCUAGCUUAAAUGAACUUGCACUGCAGCCUCUGUGAAAUAGUUUGCUUUGUGUCUACUAAUCUACUUUAAUUCACCUGAUUUAUCAUGCAAAUGCUAGAACUUUGAUGUUGCUGAUGAUUUUCAUGAACUGAAAUUGUAAUCGCUUUGGGCAGACUGAAUCGUCGAGAGCAAUUGCUUUAUUGCAGAAGUGCUGAGGUUAUAAGGAUACUUGCAAAUCUCAGACCCUUUUGAGUCUGUGUCUGUGUUAUCUUUGUACAAAGUACUUGAAGAGAUGAACUUCAUUCCCUAGACGUCUUAUUCAUAAGGUGCAGUACACUGUAGAAUGCAAAAAAAAAAAAAAAUUUUUUUUUUUUUGAAGAUUUUGCACAAAUAAUCCCGUACAAUUCAUUUAAUUGGGAGCUGGCCUAAGCGAUGAUACAAUUAAAAAAUUAAAUUAAGACCCAAGUGUCCUAUAUUUUGACAGCCAUCCCUACGGAUUUUGUUUCUACAUCGUCAAGAGAAGAACGACCCAGCUCUGGGGUUCUGGGGCUGUCAGAGCCCUCCAGAGGAUGCUGCCACUCUUUGACCACUGUAGACGAUGGGGCUGGAGGAGAAGCGUCCCCGUGAGCAAACUGCACCUUGACACUUGUGACAAACUCUGAUUUUUUUAGGGUUUUUUUGUUGGUUUUUUUUUUAAUGUGUGUGCGUGUGCGUGUGUGGUUUUUUUUUUUUUUUCUUUUUGUUUGUGGGGGGUUUGGUUUUUUUUUGUGCAACGAGAAAACUGUGCCAAUUUUACCGCAGCCAAAACUGGUACUGUCCAAGUGCCCUCAACGGUAUCACUCUAAACUCUCUUACUGUAUUGAUGUAGUGGCUCUGUAGGUAUCCGCUUGUACUAUGCAGUUACUGGUGCUAUUCUUCAUUUGUAAUGUGAAAACAGACUUCCUUGAUUUAAAAAAAAAAAUGGAAUUGGUAGGAAGAAGCCAUUACCUGUCAAAAAAAAAAAAAACCAGAGCAGGAAGAGAGAAUUUAAAAAAAAAAAAAAGCCAACUCGAGGGGAAAAACAUUCAGCUUUAGGGAGAAAAAUUAACUUUAGGGAAGAAAUCCAACUUGGAGGGAAAAUACAACUUGGGGGGGAAAAUACAACUUUGGUUUAAAAAAAAGAACUUUAGGGAAAAAAAUUCCUCUAUGCUGGUACUCCAUAGUGUCGAAAAGGUUACGUCACAUUAAACGAGCACGUUCUACAACCGAACUCUUGGAUCCAGAAAGAAAUCUCAGGUGCAAAUGAGGACAUGGAAAGAUUUUAUUGAAAUACUCCCAAGUCAAGGAGGUGAAGUAAUGCACUGAUGUGAUAUGAACAGUCAGAGUACUUUGCGUCUGUCCUGCAAUGAUUUUUUUGUUUUGUUUUAGAGUUAAAAGGAAAAAAAAAUAAGAGGCUUUAUUCUGUUAAUAUGUAUCUUUACAAUUCUUUGUAUUGUAUAAAAAACUAUUGUAGGUAAUUUACCUUGGGUGCAAUGUGUUCUGUCAAAAGUUUUUAUUUUGAUAUUUUGUCCAGAGAAGCAGAGAGAGAGCAGGAAACGCCGUUUUAUGAUGUUGUCCGUGUGCUUUUAAAGUGCCUCUUUAAUAUUGUGAAAUAAAGUAUGAGAUAAAAAUAUGGGGUGGUACUGUAAAGUCAUCCAUGAUUAAUCUUUUCAAAUAUAUUCCAAUAUUUUCACAGAA